CCAACUUAAUCAUAGUAAGUGCUAAUUGUGAACUUGGCUGUGGGUGCGCAGAUAGUUGAUGAGACUGAUUCUGGCACGAAAUGUUCUUGUGCAGUAAAUGCAGGGGAUGAUGGGACAGGUGCAGAUUUGACUCGGGCUCUUCUGGCAUGCCAUUUGUGCUUUGCAGCUGUUCUUAUAGUUAUAGUAGCUCAUGUUUUAUGGAGCCUUUGUGUACAGAGGAAUGACACCAUGCUCGAUCCUUUGCCGAUUCUUCCCAUCCGUCCAGGUCUAUAUAGAAUACUUUCAGUGAGGCUUUUGGGUUGUCUCACAUGUGAGUAGGUACUCACAUAUUUGCGCCACUGGCCACUGGUUGUAGAAAACAGCUGGUUAACUGCUGUGAUCAUGCAAUUCUGAACGUUCUCAGUAUGUGUCAUGAUUUUCUAAAAAUUGAUGAACUUCCCUCGUUAAAUUUAAUACCAGAUUGGAUUCCGCCUUGGAGGUUAAAAAUACUGUUUCAAUCGGACCAGGUUGAGACAGUUGAAACUUGAACUUUGGGUAAGUGUUGGAACAUUAGUAUUUUAUUGUUUAACUUUACGAUUCACAUAAGAAAUUAAAGAAAACUAUACGGUAGCUGAUUCAUUUUGGAAAGUAAAUCACUUAUUUUAAAUUAUGAGAUUAAUUUCCACCUUUCAUUAUAGUUCUCCAAACUUAAAAAAGGUCACUAAACUGAGGUCAACCUAAUUGAGGCCAUUUAUAUGUAUCAGGACUAUCGGAAUUGAUAUUUUCUAUUGUAAACAGUGACUAUACUAUACAUUUUUUUAAAACCCUUGAACAUUAUGAUAUGUAAUCAAAUAAAAUACUGAGUAAUAUAAUGAUAAAUAAGCCUUUUUGUGAUUUGCAUUGUCAUUUUCAAAAUUUCAAAAUGUGAUUGCAUAUUUAUUUUAUUUUUUAAUUUACGAAUUUGCUCAUGAUCUCAAUCUCCUAUCCCAUCAGUUAUUGACAUUUUUAUGUAUUAUUAAUUACAGUAUGUAGACCAUUCAACUAUGAGUCUUGAGUAACCUAACAGUGUUAUUUAUUUUUUAAUUAUAAAAUGUAAAGAUUGAUUAGAUCUUAUGACUGUUGCUUUUGUUCUAACACUUUAUGGUAUUCACACUAGGUAUAGGUCAAUUUGGAAAAGUUUAACUGGACCCUGGAUAACUACAUUUUAGUAAAAUGUAGUGGUCCAAGCCUGGGUAAAAUUUUUUACAAGAACUCUUGGCGGUCUCAAGCAUUUGGAGAUGGUAGCUUUCUGGUGCUUUUUUAUUUAGUCUGCUAAACAGAUAGAUUCCACACAUGAGGAUGUGCAUUGCCAAACAGGAGGAGAUCAACCAACAUCCUGAUUUGUUACUGACAAUGAAGGAAGACUUUUUGAUCAACCAGUGGGUGAAGAUGAAGUAUUGAUGAGUUUCUGAGACAGAACCACCAACUGUGUCCACAAUAAAUUUUUUAAAUUUUAUAUAUGUUUUAACAACAUGACAUUCGAACAUGUUCCGCCUCUGGGACUGCAUUAAAGUGGUAAAGAUGCUGGGAAUACCUGCCUGUGCGUGUACCUCGGUGUCUGCCAUUUGAUGUUGACAAUUUUCCUCAGACUUGUAUGAAAGUGAUUCAACAUUCUUGUAUGGCAUUGACAGACGCCACAUUUUACAUGCAUAGAGAAGUGUAAGGAGAACAGCUGCCUCGUAUACUUUUAUUUUUGAUUGAGUGCUGAUACCUCACCUGGUCCAUACAUUCUCAGGCAAUUUGCCAUAGGUUACACCAUUGGCUCUUGCAAUACGAAGGGUUCACCUCAUCAUCGACGGCUGCGCUUUGGGGCAGUGUGCUGCCAAGCCAUGAGACGCUAUAUACCACUUAAAGCCUUUCGCAAUAUACUUGAAAGUUGGGCUCAACAUAAGGACUUCAAGGAGCUGGCUGGUACAGGACCUCAAUCUUUUUUGUGUUAACAAUGAGACCGAAGUUUUUUGCAGGCAUGGGCGAAAUUAGUAACACUGUAUUGGAUAGCUGAUCAUGCAUUUAGGGCACAAUCAUUGGCAUACUUGAAGUCCCUGAUGAAGUCUGUCAGGUCAUUUAGGUUUCUCAGUGAUGUAAAAAUGAUUGUGCAAUUUAAAUGUCUGCCAUCAAAUAAUAUUUUUUUGGGAUUCAAUGAAAUUGAAGUAAUAAGACUAUGUCAGAGAAGCACUGAUUUCUAGCUUUUUGUUACAUUUUGAAAAUGGAAAACAAAAGUGUUUUUUCAAUGUUAAAUAAUUGUUUUAAAGUACCGUAUAUAAUUUCUGAGAUAUUACUAUUAUGAUUAUACAUAUAGGCCACCUUGACUUUGGCACGAUCCAUCUGGCCCCUGGAGUCUGACGAGAUCUUUUGACAAGUCCUCAAAGAAAGUUUGCAGGUCACUUCAAAGAAAGUUUGCAGGUCACUAGGCCUAAAUGUGUAGCGCUAUACCACACCCUCCCCUCCCUUGACUUGGGAAAGGAUUUUUUUUUAUGUUCUAAUUUGUUAUAAAGAUCCGAUGAUGCAAUUUCUAGAAUUCAAAUAACAUAUAUAAAUAAACAGGCAGUUUUACUAGUCUGGAGAAGCUUUGCUAAUUUUCCUAGACAUUUACGAGACUUAGUAUACUGAUAGGAGCCUUACAAGAUUUUACUAUUUAAUUGUGUAUAUCGGUGUUAAUAUUUGUAUAUUUGAUUUUUUUUUUUUUAUAAAAUUAAUGGUACAAAUAAAUUGAAUAUUGUUAAAUGGUUGACUUUGAUAUUGUUUUUCAUUGUUUACUGGUUUUUAUUCAUUCCUUUAGUACAUAUUAUUCAUCUAACGAGCCAAAUCUUAAAACAGAUUAAAUUUGCAAAACCAAUUAACGGUAUGUAACCAUGGCAUAUAUGGCAGUUUUACCAGGAUCAUCCCUGUUCCGUCUGGUUUGAUAUUCUGUCCCGGUUUCAGUCUCAAAUUGGUAAAUUAAUUUGUCCAGUCUCAUUCACAAAUGUAAAUAAUAGAACUUGUUGGUAUCAAAAUGUAACUAAUCUAAUUUUCAUUUUAAAGACGAACAACUUCUAAGCUUGUGCAUUUAUUUAUGAAUAAUUUCAAGUGAAAAUAUGAGGCCUGGGCCAGAUGUUCGGCCUACAACCUAGUUCUUAUAUUUGAUCAUAAGCAUUAGGUUAUUAUAUUUUAAUAGCUUUAAAUUUAAAUUAAGUUAUUUUUGUUUCUCACUAGCCUGAAAUGCCUACAUAUUUACAUAUUCCUCUUUUUUAAAAAUUAAUUUAGAAAUUUAGUUACCUUGCUGCUUCAUCAGCAUAAAAGGCUCUGAAGGUUUUUUAUAAAGGUCUUAAUGUAUAGUCUUUGGUAAUACAAACCAAUUAUUGUUACUGAAAUUAUUAAUAAUUUAAACAUAUUUUUUUAGGCCACAAUGGAUGGUGACAAAAGCAGAAAAGAAGCUCAUGCUAAAAACAAGCAGUGCUCAAAUCAAAAAUCCAGUGCAAGCCAGGCAACAAAUCAUCAACCAACAAAUCAUCCAAGUUCACCUCAGAGUCACAGUGGGUGUGGAGAAUCAUCUCAACCUGUAGUGCCAUCUCCAGAAUUCAGUCAAAGAGCAGUGUUAGCUAGUGGGGAAGUUUUGACAUCACCACAGCCUCUUCCAACACCAAGAGAUCACAGACACUCAUUAAGUGGCAUAGGCACAGCUAAUGGGGCUAUUUCAGUAAACUCACCAGUGAAUGCUGUUGUCAAAGCUUCAAGCACUGGUACCUUGUAUGCUUCAUCCCCAUUUCAUGUGCACAAUAGUAAAAGAGAAAGCAUGGUGUCUUCUGCUGCUGGAGACUUUCUAUCUAAUUUUCCUUCCUUGUCAUGUAGUGGCCCAAGCCUUGGUAAUUUUGGACCUCUAAAUGGCUCAUGCAGUGCAAAUUCUGGAAAGACAGCUAAUGGGGGCUUUGAUGCAGAUUUAUUUGCAAGUGGUCAUGUGUUCUUUCCACCUUCUUCACCAUUGGGAUCAUCACCUCCUCAAAAUCAGAGCCAGGCAAAUUACAAUUGGCAGGCCACUAAAACAAGUGUGAAGGAGCGCUUGGCUUAUCUUUACAACACUGAUACAAUGGCUGAUAUCCAGUUCAAAGUAAUAAUACUUUCAUUAGACUUAACAUGCAUUAUAAUAUAUUAUUGAAUUAGAAAAUAAAAUUUAAUCUUGAAACUAUGUAAAGUCGAAAUAAUCCUAGGCUAUUACCUAUUCAAAAUGAAGUCCAGAUUUAUUUAAUCUAUUUACCAUUACAGCAGGAAUUCCAAGUUUGUUAUAUAUUGAACCAGGAUGUGUUAAGUAAACUAAAUUGGAAACAUGUUCCAACAUUAUAAAACUUUAAACUUAUCCAAUACUGACAUUUAUCAGCACUUUAAAAAUUAAAUAUUCAUUAACAACUUGUUUCAGGUUGGAAAACCUCCAGCACAUCAGAUUAUUUCAGCUCAUAAAUUCAUUCUGUCAAUCGGAAGUGCGGUUUUUGAUGCUCUAUUUAACGGUCGUCUUGCUACAAGUGACAGUAUUAUUGAAAUUCCUGAUGUGGAACCUGCUGCAUUUUCAGCUUUGCUGCGAUUCCUCUACACCGAUGAAGUUCAAAUAGGACCAGAAACUGUGAUGACAACUCUCUAUACUGCAAAAAAAUAUGCUGUUCCAGCACUGGAGAGGGCAUGUGUUGAGUUUUUGAAACGGAAUUUAAGUCCUGAUAAUGCAUUCAUGCUGUUGACUCAGGCCAGAUUAUUUGAUGAGCCACAGCUAGCAGCCUUGUGCUUAGAAACAAUAGAUAAAAACACUACAGAAGCACUUGGAGCUGAUGGUUUUACAGACAUUGAUUUAGACACCCUCUGUGUUGUCUUAGAGAGGGAUACCUUAGGUAUUAGAGAGUGCAAGCUUUUCUCUGCUGUAUGUCGUUGGGCUGAAGCUGAAUGCAUUAGACAAAAUCUAAUCCCACCUUCAAGUGAGCACCAGGUACUAGUGGUUCAAAAAAUUUAUUGGUGGCAUUGCACUUAAGUUGGUGUUAGUUUUUUUCUAAACUUCAAUAGAUCACUCAAUAAAUGAGACCAAUGAUAACUGUACACCAAAAUCCCUCUUCUUCCUUUAGAGUACAAGAGAUGAAGUAGAAAACUUCAUAAUGAUACUUUGCUGGGUUUUAUCAUAAUAAGAUAUUUAUCAAAGCUGGGAUAAGAUUUUUUAUCUUUAAAAGGACUGCAUUUUUCAAAACAAAUUUGUUUGCCUAUGGUGAAAAGCGAAAGGAAUUUCUUUUAUUAUGUUUUUUACCUUGUAGUUUGUUGGGAGAUUUUGAAUUUAUUUAAAUUUUUUUAUAAAUUUAUUUUAGAUCAACAGUUCUGAAUUGGUGAUUUUACCUUUGACAACCAUAGGUCCAGUCCAUAUUUUAUAACAGAUUAAUUCUAGAAUCACAAAAUACAAUUUUACAGCAAAUGAAAAAGUUUAAAGCCUGAAUACUUUUAAUUUAUAAUAACAGGGUAUCUGAUAAUUAUAGGAAGCAAUUUUCAACAAUUUAAUUCAUUGUCCAAAUUAUAAAUACUUUAUUACUAAUUAUCAUUUUCAGCGCCAUGUCCUGUCCAGGGCCCUUCGUCUCAUUCGAUUUCCACUGAUGACUGUUGAAGAAUUUGCUAUGGGGUCUGCACAAAGUGGGAUUCUGGAAGACAGAGAGGUUGUAGAACUCUUUCUUUACUUUACAGUGAACCCCAAACCAAGCAUCAGCUUUCUUGAUGUGCCACGAUGUUGUUUGACUGGCAAGGAACAGGUGGUCUCCCGAUUCUGCCAAAUAGAAAGUAGAUGGGGUUACAGUGGAACAAGUGAUAGAAUUAGGUACCUACAAAAGUUUAGAAAAUUAAAGAAAUACUUAAAGCAUAUUUUUUUUUUUAAUUAUGCAAUAUUUAAGUUACAUGAAUGCAGUCUAUUUUUCUAGGCUCAUUCUUUUUUUAAAUUCUGAAACUUUGCGAUUUCCUUGAAAUUUCAUUCUUGUGGACACUGACGCAUAAUUUUGUUUAAUAUUAUUAUUAAAAAUGUAUCAAGAAGCAUUUGUUUAAAAUAACAUUUCAAUCAUAAUCAGUUUUAGUCACUAUCUUCCAUAUAUUUUUAAAGGUGGAAGAAAUAAAGACUUAAAAUGUUAUUGAAUUGCAAGCAAUAAUAAAGUAAUUACAUUUUUUACUAUAUUUUUCACUAAGCCUUCUAAUGAACUUUUUUCAAAAUGGCUGUCGUACCACAUAACUGAUGGACUGGUCAAAAUUUUAACGCAAACCAUACCUCAUGUAGAUGUGUCUUUUAAUUUUUAAGCUCUAGAAUUUUAAAUAGUUUUAUUAAAUGCCUGAAAUUUUCAAAGCAGUAACCCAUUUUUAACAAAUCUCAGGUUUAUGGUCAAUAGGCGAAUUUUUGUUGUUGGCUUCGGGCUCUAUGGGAGUAUUCAUGGCCCCACAGAAUAUGCAGUAAAUAUUCAGGUAUAGUAUAAUUAUUAAUAAUUUUUUUAACAUGAGUUGUUUUCUUUUGCAUGCCAUUUAGAAACAGAAACAGAGAGACAUUAAUAUUUCAUAGCCAGUUCUUUAAAGACAAGGCAAUUCCUCUUAAUAACAUACUUUCUUGAGCAUCUUAUGGAGCUCAAGUGAUAACUUGUCACUAAAAUGUCUAUUUUGCUUAUUUGUCAAACAUUGCCAAUAUCUGGUUUCCCAGAAAACAACAGCAACCAUUUGCACAAUUACUGGAGUGAAUAAAAUGAAAGCCCAAGUUCUCAAUAAUAACAGACUUUAUAUAUAAUUACCUUUCAAGAUUCUGAGCCAAAAUUAAAAUUGUUUUGCCAUAAUUAUAGAUUACAAAACUAAAUCUUACAAAUAUUUUCACUAAUAAUUCAUGAUAAAAAAAAAACUUACCUUUAUUGUUAUGGCCACAAGUAAAUUCCUGUGGUCUAGUAGUUGAGUCUUUGCCCUGUCAAAGUCAUUAAUAACAAAUCCCCUCUAAUUUUCAAUGGCAAAUACAGUUAUAACCAACAAUUGUUUCAGCAUAAAAAUCAGAACAUAUACAAUUUAUAUUUAUCGGUAAUGAUGGGUUGAGAAAUCAUACUAAAGAGUAUUUGCUGAAGAAAGAUGUUGCCAAUCCCUAUCCUGCUCUUUAAAUGGCAUUUAAGAAGUUAUUUUUUGCUUAUGCAACAUCAUAAAUAAGUUGGAACAUUUACAGGGUUCACAUUUACCGCAAAAGAAAUAUUUUCCCUUAUGGGGGCACUAAAGAUGGCUCUGGGAGUCAAGGAUGAAGGGAUCUGAAAAAGUUUGACAACCAAGGAUUUAGAUGGUGGUUGCAAAAUUUAUAAAACUGAAUUACUUUAUACAAUGAAACCUCACUAUCACGUGAUUAAUAGAGUCCAGAGAUUUGGAUAGCAUAAAUUUGGUUUUUCAAUAUUCCGUGCGAAUAGCGUUGGGAUUUUUAACAAGUAGGUAGGUUUAGGAUUAUGUUUGUAUAAAUUUGAUAUUUAAAAUCACUUGUGGUUAGUGAGGCAUGUGGAACUGAAGAUGGAUAGCUUUAGUGGAUUUGUGAUUGUGUUGCAUGAGUUUUUUUCUUCUUUUUCACGUUCUUUGAAAAGGGAAAAUGUUCAUGUUCAUAUUUUUGGGAGCCUUGCCACAACCGCAUUAUAUCCCAUUUGUUUUAUAGUUAUAGCGGUGCACGCUGUAGGGGGGUUUCCACUGUACUAUUAAAAUUAAUUUGUUGCUGUUAAAAAAACCUCUUUAUAAUAUAUAGGAGGGCAUUUGUGGUACCUAAAACAUGAGUGAACAUUUCUUUAAGUUUGCUAAAAUUAAAUGAAAUUUGAUGCAUACCUUUUUCAUCUCCUCAUCAAUAUCAAGAAAGAUUCAUCUGUAUGUGUUCAUUUAUAUAUUUCAUUAAAUAGAGUUCAUUAUGCUAUUUAAGAACAGUUUUAUGUAUUAAUUACAUAAUUAAAUUAAUUAAUUAAGCGUGCACCUGUGGGUUCCAUUUUUAAAAUGCAAUCAUGCUAAAUGUGGACUUUACUUCACCUUCCAUCUCAUUUUUAAAAACUAUAUGCCAUAUGUAUAUUCUGAUAAGAUACCGGUAUAAUUUUUAUUUCAUUUAAUAUAGCAAUUUUAUUGGCAAUAAUGUAAUUUUAAUUUUAAAGUGUAGCAACAAAAAAGAAAGAGCAGGGUCAAAAUUUUAAUGUGGUAAUAUUUAGUUUUCCCACUUUCCUUUCACAAUACUAAAAAUGGAGCACAUCACAUUUGUUGAAAUAUUGUUGGUUGCAAAUUAAAGCAUCAAAUUAUCCUUAAUGUUAAGCUUGUAGACCCCAUCAUUUUGAAAAUGUGGUUGAAUAAUUUUUUAGCUUUAGUGAAUCUUAGGAAAAUUGUUUUGAACCAAAAGUGGAAACUGGAGUUAAAUUUUAAAAUGGAAACAUAAAUGCUAUUUAAAGCUAUUCCCUUGUUUAUUUAAUAUAAUUCCCCAUUAAAAAUUUUAGAAGAACAAACACAUUUAUUUAUCAUGUUUAUACAUUACAAAUAAUUUUAAAUUUCAGAUAAUUCACAUGGACUCUACAAAAGUCAUGGGCUCCAAUGAUCCCACUUUUCAGUGUGAUGGAACUACAUCAACUUUUAGAGUGAUGUUCAAAGAGCCGGUUGAGAUAUUGCCUAACACCAGCUACAUUGCAUGUGCUACACUAAAGGUAGUAUUUUUUUUUACAAACAAACUACUAUCGUUACUAAUAUUAAAUAUAAUAAUAUUGAUGUUUAUAAGGAAUAAUACAAAAUUAACAUUUUUGAAAUCCGAUAUUUCUUAGUUUAUUAAACUGCAAUGUAUCAGUAAUUUUAAUAUUGUUAUUUUAAGUUUUAGAUUAUUUUCAGAUGGGAGUUUUUUAGUGGCCCACUAUAACAUUCCUUCUUGGUGAUGAAGCAUUCAAAACAACAUUUUGUGUAUUUCAUCAUUAACUAACUAAGCAAUGUCUUUUUUCUUAACAGGGUCCAGAUUCAUACUAUGGCUCUAAGGGUUUACGUAAAGUAACUCAUGAAUCUGUUUCCAGUGGGAAAGUAACUUUUCAGUUUACAUAUGCAGCUGGAAACAACAAUGGUACAUCAGUUGAAGAUGGACAGAUUCCAGAGAUCAUCUUUUACACAUGAUUAAUGAACAUGGAAACAUUAACAUUAUAAAUGUGAUAUUCUGUGUGUGAUUUGAAAACUGAAAUGUUAUAAACAGCAGUAUUUCUUACUAAUUGAGAUGUAAAUUUGCAUGAAAUGUAAUAGUUUUUCAAUAUUCAUUUUCAACCAGGAUAUUUGUGUUUUGUUAAGACAUAUCAUAUAUUUAUUACUCAUAUUUAGGCAUAUUAGAUACCGGUACCGGUAGUUACUUUAACUAAAUUGAAAAGGUAUCAGUGUCUUAUAAUAAAUGAAAAUUUAAGGAUUUCAUAGAUUUGAUUGUUUAGUUGUUAUGAAAAAAUGUCCUAUAGAGUUUGUAACUCAACCUUUAAAUGUGGAGAUGCAUACUGCUGUACUGCUCUCAAAGAUAAUUUGGCACUUGCAUUAUUUUAAAAGUUAUAUCACAUAAAAUUUAAAAGUAUAACCAAUAUGUAGCACAAUCAGAGUUUUUAUCCACACCAAUAAGUUGCAUAUAUAUAAUGAGCUGUUUAGCAUGAUGACUUAUUUGGUAAUAAAAUAAGUUCAAUGCACAACUAUAAUUUUUUAAAUAUGUAUUCACCCAAGAAGACCCAAUUAUACACCUUUGAUGUAGUUAGUCAUUAAAAACUACAUAUUCCUAUAUAUCUGGAUCUGAUAUAAACUAAUUUGUAAUAAUUUGUCAUUUUUUUAAAAGGGGAAAAAUAAAUUAAAGGCAGAUUAGCAGUCAAUAUUUUCUUGCAAGUUUUAUUUUAUAAUUUUAUAGUGGUUGCUUUGUCCGUCCACUGUCUUUUGACAGAAGAGUUCCCUUAAAGUUAAAGUUUAAUAGGCUGCAGGCUUUAAUUUUAUAACACAGUAAAUAAGAUAUUAAAACAUUACUGGGUAUUGAACAUUUUUCAUCUGCAUUCAAAGAAAUAUGUUUUAGAGCCUUUUCUCUUACCACAAAAUUAUUAUUUUAAAUAGAAAUUUUCUUCUGAUAACAUUGGUGAUAAUGUAUUUAAGGGGACACACCUUCUCAUGAUAUUAUUUUUGUUCUUUCUGAAACUAUCUACAAAUAGUACAAUUAAUUAUUUAUAAUUAAUUUUGUUUGUAUUUGGAGUAUUAUACUUAUACCAUGUGUUUAUCUCACUACUGAUCUGAUAGUGUAAACAGUUUGGUUUUUUUAAAACAUAAAGUCAUUUACAUAAAAUAUUAAGAUUGUAGCAACUAACUCUUAUAGUUUAUUACAAACUGUUACCUCAUUAAUUAUCUUAUAAUCUACAUUAGAUUUAUUUCAUUGGAUUGGCUAUAAUUUCAAUAAUAAUUUUUUUUCUCUUUCUUUUACUAAAAUUCUAACUGAAAUUUUAUCUAUGUGCUAUGCCUUUUUAAAUCCUUUACAUUAACUUCACUUUUGUUUGUGUGUUUCUUUCUCGGUUUAUGGCGAAAUCCUCAGAACUGACCCACUUUCCAUUAACUUAUCGCCUUGGCACAUAGAAUCAAUCUCAAUGACAACACAUUCUAUCAAAUUUUCAGCCCCACUCCCAAAAAUUUGUCUUAACUCUACCAGAUCUCACUGAUUUCACAAAAUAAAUACUAUACCUCAUAACUGUGCUAAAUGGGAUUCUUAAAAAUAUCAUAAAUGCUUCAGGUGUGUAAUAUUUUCUUUUGUUUUACGGAAAUGGUGUAAUAAAUCUGGGGUGUAAAGGCGUGAGACAUUUCAUAAAAGAUUUAUAUGAAAAAACUUUGUUUAAUUAAGAAUAACUUUUAAAGUAAUAUCUAUUGGCUGUGCAAGUUAACUGAACCAUCUAGGAAAAUCAAUCGGUAAAAUAAUUGAAAAGAUGUUAUAAUAAAAUAUAAUUGAGUACCAGUAUUUUGUUUUCCUUGCUAGCUUUUGAAGCUAAGCCACAAGUUCUUUUGUAUCCAUUCAGAAAAUUAAUGGGGGCAAACGUUAACAGACUAAUUCUUUGCAGCCCAAUAUUAACAAUUUGUAUGUGUGUAUAUAUGUGUGUAUAUAUAUAUUUUUUUUCAAUAUAUCCACCAUACUAUUCCUAAAGGUUACACACAAGCAGAUUAAAUUCAGUACAUAUUAUUCAGACCUGCUUUUUUUAAGGUACAUAGUAAUUUCAGGACAAUAUAAUGUUCUUAAUAAUACAUAUAGCUUUAAUCCAUUCUCCUAAGCCUUUUUUUUUUUCUAAAAAAUUUGGUGCUGGGAUAAAUUUUGAUGUAUGAGAUUAAAAAAUAUUACUUUCAAAAAUUGUUCUCAUUGAUUUAAUGAUUGAAAAACAAAUGAUUCUUUGCAUGUCACUGGUUUAAAUGUUUAAAACUCUCAUUGAAGUUUUAUACUGUCCUUGAGAGAAGUCACUGAUAUCAUACAUUUUAAUUUAUUUUAAAAUGUUUUUUUAACCAAAUGUAAUUUUUUUUUUUUUUUAAAUACAGACUAAUUAGCAAAGCUAAGAAGAAAAAAACAUUUCACUAUUAAC